CCAACGAGCACAUCCAUUACUCCCAAAAAUCCACCUUCCGUCGCCAUGAAGCUCCCUGUCGUCCUUGUACUCGGAAGUCUAUGGGCUUCCUCAGCCCAAGCAUGCGUUCGAAUCCUAGUCGACGAGGUGUGGAAGGACUCGGUCGAGAGAACGCGAGAGGUUCAUCUAUGGGAUAACGACAAAGUCAAUAAUCGCUUGAUCCCUUUCGAUUUUUACGGCAAGGACGAAGAUCGUUGGAGAGGCAGCGACUACCGCGUUUCUCUAAACCCAAAUACUGAUGGGGGUCGUGUCUGGCUCCCUGGAAAUUGGAUGCAAGUGACCGAACUAAAGCAGAAAACGCGUCGGCAGAGCACUCUUCCUAAUGGGCAGACUCAGGUCUACUAUUGCCUGUGGGACGACUACUCCUGCGAAAAGUACUCCUGUUCGCUGCCUAACCCUAAGAGGUAUGUAGCUUGA